AUGCGUGCGCCGCGUGGGAGUCAUGUUGCUCGUGUCAACCACCCUUCCACCGAUGCCAUCAUGAGAUCCGUCUCAGGUACUUUAUCCGUUACUGAUUUAGUCGGAUCAGUUCAUGUCGCCAUUGCCCCACGCAAUCCAUCGGUGCUCAAGAAGCUUCAGAUGGACGCAGAACCAUACAAAGCUGCCUUCUUCUUCUUCUUCUCUCCCUCGGCGCAUCUCCUGCGCAGCUCGAUUCUUCUAUGGCUUCCCCUCCUCUUCAUCUCCGAAGCCGCCGUAGCCCACGGCGAUGACCAGGAGAGACUCGUCCUCUUCGACAUAAGAAGUCAUUGGAGCAACGCUCCUGCGCUGAGCUCGUGGGACGUCUCCUCCCCCUACUGCAACUGGCCAGGAAUCCGCUGCAGCAAUGGCUCGGUCACUUCCAUGUCUCUCCCCAAUAUAAACAUCACUGAACCCAUCCCACCCUUCUUCUGCAACCUCACCAGCCUCACUCACCUCGACCUCUCUUACAAUGAAAUCCCUGGCGGCUUCCCGACUUGUCUCUACAGCUGCUCCAACCUCCAGUACCUCGACCUCUCUCAGAACUUUCUCGUUGGGGAGCUGCCUUCUGAUAUCCAUAAGCUGUCGUCGCAGCUCCUUCACCUUGAUCUCUCUUAUAACAACUUCACCGGCGACAUCCCUCCUUCCAUCGGCCGGCUCCUCUCACUCCACACCCUCAAUCUUCACUGCAAUUUCUUCGAUGGCUCGUUCCCGGCUGAGCUCGGUAACCUUUCCAUGCUCGAAAGCCUCACUCUCGCUUACAAUCCUUUCGCCAGUCCGCGCAUCCCGGUCGAGUUCGGGAACAUGACGAGACUGAAGUACCUGUGGAUGACCUAUGCCAACCUGGUCGGCGAGAUCCCGGAGGAUCUCGGGCGGCUGGCAGAGCUUGACCACCUCGACCUCGCGCGGAACGGUUUAAGUGGCUCGAUUCCUGCAGCCAUAUGGUCGCUGGAGAAGCUGACGACGCUCUACUUGUACGAUAACAAGCUGACGGGAGAGAUUUCCGGCGAGAUCGCGGCUUCGAACUUGGAGGAGAUCGAUGUCUCGAUGAACCGGCUGACGGGAUCGAUACCGGAGGAAUUCGUAAAUCUCCACAAUCUCCGCAUUCUGUUCAUGUAUAACAAUAGCCUGUCCGGUGAGAUCCCCAGAGGCAUCGGCCUCCUUCGCGAUCUCCGGGACAUCAGGCUCUUCGACAACCACCUAGUCGGUGUCUUGCCGCCGGAGCUCGGGCAGCAGUCCCAUCUGACCAAUCUUGAGGUGUCCAACAACAGAAUCUCCGGCAGCUUGCCCCAAGGCCUCUGUGCAAACAGAGCACUUAAGUCGGUGGUGGUCUUCAACAACAACCUCACCGGGGAGCUGCCGGCUUCUCUCGCCGAUUGCUACGGGUUAAACGACAUUCAGCUCUACAACAACAACUUCUCCGGCGAGUUCCCCGGACGAAUUUGGUCGGCAUCAGUGAACUUGACCACCGUGCUGAUCGACCGCAACCACUUCACCGGCGUUCUGCCGGACAAGUUGCAGCCGAACCUGACUCGGCUGGUGAUGAACGACAAUAGGUUUUCCGGAAGGAUCCCCACACGGGCGCCGAGACUAUUGGUGUUUCGGGGAAGCAACAACAUGUUCUCCGGCGAAAUUCCGGCGGAACUCACCGGAAUGUCGAGGCUCCAGGUUCUUUUGCUCCACGGAAAUCGGAUCUCUGGUUCGAUACCGACAAGCAUUUCCAAUUUGAAGUUCCUCACCCAGCUUGAUCUCAGCGACAACCACCUCUCAGGAGGUAUCCCGGCCAAGCUGGGGUUGCUCGAGGUGCUCACCAAGCUCGACCUCUCGAACAACCGGCUGUCGGGAUCGAUACCGCCUGAAAUCGGCAACCUUAAGCUCAACCUCCUUAACCUGACCUACAACAAGCUCACCGGCGAGGUACCUCUGCAGUUGCAGAACCGAGCUUACGAGCGGAGCUUUCUAUCCAAUCCUGGCCUCUGCUCAUCCAAGCGUAUAGAAAAUCUCAAUAUCUGUGCACAUGCCGGCCCAAACAAGCUAUCAGAGAGACUGAUCCCAAUCUCUUUGGUGCUCGGUGGGGUUAUGUUCUUGAUGCUAGCUGUGACCGGAAUGUUGAUUUGCCGGCGAAGAUCCGACGCCGCUGACCUUUCAGCAUGCAAGCUGACUUCGUUUCAUCAGCUGGACUUCACACAACGUCAUAUAAUACGUGGACUCACAGAGGCAAGCCUCAUCGGCAGCGGAGGAUCAGGUCAGGUGUACAGGGUCAACCUCGAGAACCGCGCCGGCGACGCUGUGGUGGCCGUGAAGAAGAUUCGGAAUAGUGGACAGCUGGAUUGGAAGAUGGAGAAGGCCUUCGAGGCGGAGGUCAAGGUACUGAGCUCGAUACGGCAUUGCAGCAUCGUGAAGCUCCUGUGUUGCAUCUCGAGCGCAGACUCUAAGCUCCUGGUCUACGAGUACAUGGAGAAGGGGAGUCUGGACCAGUGGCUUUACGGGAGGCGAAGGACAAGGACGGGUUCAGGGCAUUUCCAGCCACCGCUGGAUUGGCGGAAGAGGCUCGGGAUCGCGAUCGACGCAGCCAAGGGAUUGUGCUACAUGCACCACCACUGCACUCCGCCGGUCAUCCAUCGCGACGUGAAGUCCAGCAACAUACUCCUGGACUCGAACUUCGGAGCAAAGAUCGCCGACUUCGGCUUGGCACGGAUGCUGAUGAAGGCCAGCGAGCCGGAGUCUGCGUCGGCCAUAGCAGGAACCUUUGGCUACAUGGCUCCAGAGUGUGGACACUCGAAGAAGAUCAACGAGAAGGUGGACGUGUAUAGCUUCGGGGUAGUGCUUCUGGAGUUGACGACAGGAAGGAAAGCGCAAGAUGGUGGUGAGCACGAAGGCUUAGCAGGGUGGGCUGCUCGCCGCCUGAGAGAGAAGGGUGGCUUCAUGGAGAUGAUAGAUGAGGAGCUAAGUGACGAGGUCAACUAUACGGAUGACAUCGGGACGGUGGUAAGACUGGGAAUAGAGUGCACGAGGAGGAAUGCUGUGGUGAGGCCAUCCAUGAAGGAGGUGCUGCGAAAGCUGACGGAGAUAGUUGGACUGGGCCGUUCAUAACGUGUGCGCCAUGCAGACUCACACACAAAAGGAUCCGAUCACCAAACUAUACAU